AUGGGCAAGGGCAAGAAAGAGCCCGAUGCUACCGCCGGUCGCAGUGCUGCUGGGGGUGCAAAGAAGGCAACGUCUACAGCAGCGAAUGGACUGAACCUAGCCUCCCCGCCCGGGUCGAGAACACCACCGAGCAUGCCCUCCAAAAAGACCCUGUUCUAUCCAGACCUGCAGGGCAGCCGACAGAAAAGUCGCAAUAGCUCCGAGCCCAUUGAUCCCAAUGCGCUAGCUAAGGCCUUGAAAGAAUAUGAGGAUGCUGGCAACCCGCGCGAAAGAACGCCUGGAACAAGUCCGAGUCGAAAAAGACAAAGAGUGUAUGGUGAUAGAUUCAUCCCAAACCGGGACGGACAGGAUCUUCAAGCGACCUAUAGUCUGCUUCAUGAAGACGGUUGUCCUUCGACUCCGUCUAAAUCGAAGCGUCGAACCCCGCAUUCAGAACUCCAUUUCCAGAAGACCGAAGAAGCAAAUCGAAUGUAUUCGCGGGUUUUGCGCAGCGAAUUGUUCGGAAAUACCGUGCCGCAGGCGGAACUCGACUCGCUAUCGCCGGAUCCAUUACUAGGACUCGGCAGCGGCAUCCUUGACAAAACUCGUUCUCACACUCCUCCCUCACACGUCGUGUCGAAUAAACCUCCUGCUAGCAUCACCCCCUCCACGCCGCACAAAAACCUCUUUAACUACGCCUCCCCUCGCACUGGCUCCGCCCAUCCCACACCCUCGAAGACGCCUCGCAGCCAACAUGGGCCGAAUCUCAACGUCCGAUCCGAACUCUACAGCCUCUCUCCCAUUCGCUAUGAUAGUCAGCGCAUUCUCGAAACUCCUCGCAAGCAACCGCGCUACGUGAACAAAGUCCCGUAUAAGGUGCUAGAUGCGCCUGACUUGCAAGAUGAUUUCUAUCUCAACCUGGUGGACUGGGGCAGUAGUAACGUUCUGGGAGUGGGACUGGGCAACUCAGUUUACAUGUGGAACUCUCAGUCCGGGCGAGUCACUAAGCUCUGCGAAUUGAAGGACGACACAGUCACUAGCGUUAGCUGGAUUCAAAGGGGAACACACCUUUCAAUCGGAACCGGAAAAGGUCUUGUACAGAUUUGGGAUGCGGAACGUUGCCGACGACUUCGAACAAUGGUUGGACAUACUAAUCGUGUGGGGGCGCUCGCAUGGAACGACCAUAUCCUCACGUCCGGAUCCCGAGAUCGGUUGAUUUUCCAUCGUGAUGUCCGUUCUCCAGAUCAAUACCUGCGUCGGCUGUCCGGUCACAAGCAAGAGGUCUGCGGGUUGAGAUGGAACACAGAAGACGGUCAAUUAGCUUCGGGUGGUAAUGAUAACAAACUGAUGGUGUGGGACAAGUUGAACGAAACGCCUCUUUAUCGUUUCUCUGACCACACCGCUGCCGUCAAGGCCAUAACCUGGUCACCCCACCAGCACCAUCUGCUUGCGUCGGGUGGUGGAACGGCCGAUAGAACGAUCAAAUUCUGGAACACAUCAACCGGCUCCAUGAUCAAAGAGGUCGACACCGGCAGCCAGGUCUGCAACUUGGCCUGGUCGAAGAACUCCGAUGAGAUCAUCAGCACUCAUGGUUACAGCCAGAACCAGAUCGUCAUUUGGAAGUAUCCGCGCAUGGAGCAGGUUGUUUCGCUGACCGGCCACACCUUCCGUGUUCUUUACUUAGCCAUGAGCCCUGACGGCCAAACGGUAGUCACGGGAGCUGGAGACGAGACUUUGAGAUUCUGGAAGAUAUUCAAUCGACGACCUGGACGAAAUCAGGAACGCGAGGGCAGCAAAUUGGCCGAAUGGGGAACCAUCCGGUAG